AUGGAUGCCUAUUAUGCGAAAAUUGUAAAAGAUGGUUUUUACAAAUGUAUUUUUUUCGCGGCUGGUACGAGUAGAAUGUUACGACCAACUAUUGUAACAAGAAUCGGUGGGCAAGAAAUAUUUGAUCCACAUGAACAUACAUUAUGUCUCGAAUUCACUAUUAUUCCUUGGCAUAUAGACCAUUGGCAUGGCUUUCAACACCAUGCUACACCUUCAGAGUGGAUUGCUCAACAAAUAUGGUCACAAAAUGAUUGUAUUUAUCGCUAUGGCUAUCUGCAUUCAUGGAUGUUAAUAUCAGAUGUAGAUGAGUUUGUCGUUCCCAUGGGUCAAUAUCGUAAUUUUGAUCAGAUACUCGCCGUAGUUCCAUCAAACUAUUGUGCUCUUCAAGUUCUUCAUUAUCGAUUCAAAGCUUUGCAAAGUGUCGGAACUAGUGAACCAAAAUAUCGACUAAGAAACUAUGUGCAUCGUGACCGUCAACAUCAUUCACCAAAUGCCAAUUCAAAAAACUUUGUUCGGCCACAUCUGGUCCAUUACUUUGCUGUACAUCAAGUUACGAGAUCGACCAAAAAUUCUCCUGUUUUUUAUGCUGAUGUUGAAACUCACAAAAAUGUAUUGUUCAUACAUACAGCCAUCGAUCAUAUAUGUUUACUUAGUUCAAAAGUAUAG